CCCCCAACGCCCCCUCGCCUGGGCCCCGCAACCCCGACUCAUGGGCCGAGCCUCUCCCCCCCACCACCAGGCUUCGCCUCAUGUGCAGCUACGGCGGUCACAUCGUCCCCCGCCCGCACGACAAGUCGUUGUGCUACGUCGGCGGCGACACCCGAAUCGUCGUCGUUGACCGCCACACCUCCCUCUCCGACCUCUCCAACCGCCUCUCCAAGACCCUUCUCAACGGCCGCCCCUUCACCCUCAAGUACCAGCUCCCCAGCGAAGACCUCGAUUCCUUAAUCUCCGUCACCACCGACGAAGACCUCGACAACAUGAUCGACGAGUACGACCGUACGGCCACCAACAACAGCAACUCUUCCUCCAAGCCCUCCCGCCUCCGCCUCUUCCUCUUUCCCCUGAAGCCCGAAUCGACGCAAUCGAUGGGGCCCAUUCUCGAUAUGCCGGCCAGCAAGUCCGAGGACUGGUUCUUGAACGCGCUCAAUGGCGCGUCUGGUUUGCUCAAUCGGGGCUUCUCCGAUUCCGCCUCCGUGAAUUGCUUGCUCGGUCUCGACGACGAUGGGAUUUCCGGUGGCGCUGCCAAUAAUUUGGACUCGGCUUCGAGAGACGCCGAGGCUACGAUUCCUGCGAAUUGCAAGAAUGCCAAACAGGGUGGUGGUGGUGGGCAGGACGUUCACUCUGUGCCCGAUUCGCCGAUGCUCGAAAACUCGUCAUCUUUUGGGUCCACGUCAUCGUCGCCUUCUCUUGCGAACCUGCCCCCGAUUCGGGUCCACGUGGAAGACGGUGGCGGCGGCGGAGGUGGUGGUGGGAUUAGAGUGCAGGAUCAGAAGAUGGGGAUUGAGGAGCAGUUUGCUCAGAUGACUGUUGGUGGUGGUGGACAGAAGCAAGAUGAAGGUAGCUUCGUGGUGCUUUCUCCGCCGCCUCCGAUGCCAACUACUAUCGUGGCCUCCGCUGCGCCGCUGAGUUCGGCCACCGAGUACUUGAAUCGUGUUGUGUCGGACGACGAGCGAUCGGAUCACGGCGCGCCGGCUGGGUAUCGGAGACCGCCUCAGCCUCAGCCUCAGCUUCAGCUUCAGCCACAGACUCUGCCCGCUCAGUCUCAGCCCAAAUCUAUUGAUUUGCCAUCCCCAGAUUCAGUAUCAAGCGAUAGUAGUUUCUCAAAUGCGUCUCGCCCAAAACCUGUAAUUUACCAAGACCCAGUUGUUCAAAUACCCUCUGCAAAUACCAGGUUUCCUGCAAACCUUGUGGAUCCAAAAUUGAAUAUGGCUGAUCCAAACACGCGGGUUCAAAUGCAACAACAGCUUCAUGAUUCUGGGUAUGUAUUGCAAGCCCAAUUUGAUCAACAGCAGCAGCAACAACAACAGCAACAAGCACACCAGCAACACCAACAAGCACAACAGCAACAGCAAUUUAUACACGCUGGUACACAUUACAUCCAGCAUCACCCUGGCUCUGUUCCAAUCCCGGCAUACUACCCUGUAUAUCCUUCCCAGCAGCAGCAACACCAUCAGCACCAUCAUCACCCCCAGCUUGAUCAGCAGCAGCAGCAGCAAUACCAGGUUUAUUACAUGCCUGCCAGACAGGCCCAACCUUACACCAACUUGCCUGUGCAGCAAUCCAAUAUCAAUGAAGCUGCUACUUCUAUCGCUUCUAGCCGCUCCCAAACACCUCCAAAUUCCGCCAUGGUCUCUCCUUCUGCAUCUUUCAACCAGAUAAGGAAUGCCCAGAUUGCGAAACCCGAUAUGGCUGCGGGUGUGUACAGAACAGCAACCGGAGCUGCUCCUUCUGUGGUUCAAGUUCCUCCUCAGCAUCAGCAACAAUAUGUUGGUUACACCACUCAGAUUCAUCAAUCUGCUGUUCCUUCUUCAGGGGGUGCUGCUAAUUAUGCGUAUGAAUAUGCUGAGCCUUCUCAUGCCCAGAUAUACUAUACACAGCCUCUGGCUCCGACAAUACCUUCUCAGUACCAAACCAUGACAGCGGCUGCUGCCAUGGUGCUGCCGGAAGGUUCUGCCCAGCUUCCAACUGACAACAUCAAGCAGCAGAGAUGAGGACUGAACAGCCUUUGUUAGUCAGUUUGAGAAGAAGGAAACAAUUUUGGAGAAGUUGGCUUGGAUUUUAUGUUUACAUUAUCUGCGUUUCUAGCGUCUGCCUUGUUAUUGGUAAUUGGUUGUGGUAUGUAUUUGUGAUAGAUAAUAAGGAACUUUGGUCGUCUCUUCAACUCUUUCGUGUAUGUGAUAUCGUUGCUCAUUGUCAUAGACUCGAUAGGAAAUGAAAAGGUGGUCUCAGAUUAUACUGUAAAAGCUGGAAACUUCCAACAAUAUAUUUAUAUUGUGUGUUUGUGCAGAUCAGUUUCUGAAUAAAAUGUUUUAUAAGUAGCAAGAGUAUUGAAUUCA